GGGGGAGACAAGCUCUUAUCUCUUAUCCACAAGGUCAUAUAUUGUCGUCCUCCCCUCCCUUGGGUGGUGCAUAGCAUCCAGCUUCAGCAUUCAUCUUGAGGAUCUGAGGAUAGCUUGGCCAGCUGAGGCAUCGACAUCAUGAAGUACAUUCCAAGCAGAGAGACGGUCAAGAAGCGAUGCACUACGGUCAAGGCAUGGGAACUGCCCAAGCAGAAGUCGGCGUUGGCUCCUGAGCAUGUAUGGACCAAUAAGGAUAUGGAUCCUGUCACCAUUGAGAAUCAGACAUGGACAAUUUGGACCUGGAUGGCUUAUUGGGCUACCGAUACGAUCAACUUGGGUACCUGGGAGACGGCCAGUUCCAUCCUCAAAGUAGGAUUGAGCUGGAGAGAAGCCAUCCCCAUUAUUGUGGUUGGAACUUCUUGUGUGGCCAUUCCCAUGGUCCUCAACGGUGCGAUUGGUGCCAAACUCCACAUCCCAUUCUCAGUUGCCAUUCGAGCCUCCUUUGGAUACUACUUCGCAUACUUCGCUAUUGUUUCUCGGUCUAUUCUUGCUAUGUUCUGGUUGGGUAUCCAGGGUGCCAGCGGUGCACAAUGUCUUACCAUUAUGGUGAGCGCGAUUUGGCCAUCCUACGGAAAAAUCGGGAAUCACUUGCCGGAAAGUGCUGGUAUCACGACGCAAGGAAUGAUCAGUUACUUCCUUUUCUGGAUCAUCCAAUUGCCUUUGCUGUUGAUCCCACCUACGAAGCUUCGCUACUUGUUCGCCGCCAAGUUGAUUGCAGCGCCCAUCACUGCUCUCGCUACUAUGGGAUGGUGUGUCCACAAGGCUGGAGGAUCAGGACAAAUUUUCGCACUCAAGGCCACCGUCUCCGGGAGCACGAAAGCGUAUCUCUGGCUCAGCUGCAUGUCUUCUGUCACUGGUUCGUGGUCAACACUCGCUUGCAACAUCCCCGAUUUCUCUCGGUAUGCUCGCACCAGCAAGGGACAAUACAUCCAACUCCCCCUCCUUCCACUCAUCUUCACACUCUGCGCAGUCAUCGGUAUCGUUACCACCUCCGCAACUGGUGUAAUUUAUGGGACACUAUAUUGGAAUCCUCUCGAUAUCAUCAAGAUGUGGCUUGAUGAUGGUCAUGGAGGUCGUGCAGCAGCGUUCUUCGCAGCCACUUCAUGGUACAUUGCUCAAGUUGGAACAAACAUCACCGCAAACUCUAUUUCUGCAGCCAAUGACCUCACUGUCCUUUUCCCCAAGUAUGUCAACAUCAAGCGUGGAUGCGUUAUUGCUGCCAUCAUCGGUGGUUGGGUUAUCGUCCCCUGGAAGAUCCUCUCAUCAGCUGAGACCUUCCUUUCAUUCAUGGGCGGAUAUGCCGUCUUCCUCGCUCCCAUUGCCGGUAUCCUCUGUGCCGAUUACUGGCUCGUCCACAAGCAACACAUCGAUGUCCCAGCUCUCUACGAUCCACAUGGCCGCUACUCCUACUUCCACGGCUGGAACUGGCGCGCACUCAUCACGAUGCUCAUCUCCGUCUGCCCCAACCUACCCGGUCUCGCCCACAGCAUCAACAGCAACGCUUCCAUCACGGCAGGUGCCCAGAACCUCUACACCUUCGACUGGCUGUUCGGCUUCACGACCAGUAUCUUCUUGUACACAGUUCUCAGCUACCUUUCACCCCAUCAGACUAGCCAGAUCCCAACUACGAUCUACGGCCACGAUUUGGAUGGACCGGAGCCCGGGAGCUCGGAUAUCGAGAGUACGGGCGUGAGAUACGAGAAGGAUUUCGGGAAUGUUGAUGCAGUUGAUUUGCACCAUUCUCAUCACGACGAAAAGCACAUGGCCAGCGUGGCCAUUUAAUUAGACUUAGAUCUGGGAUUGGUAUAUGGGAUGAUAUAAAGGAUUGUUUUGUACAUUGCUUAAUUGGUGGGGAUACCCGUUCUGUCGUUUUAAGGGCUAGAUUUUAUGGUUGUAUGAAUGAUGAUAAAUUUACACACCUUGACAAGGUUUGAAUAUGAGCAUGCUCUUCAAUGCCACAACUUUUCACAGAGCACAAACUUUCUGUACAUCAUCGCAACCCAAUCUCAAGGAAGCUUGACACACACCGACCGAUCUUUUGCUCGAACUUUAUUUGCAUCUGAACUCAAAACUUCAGGAAGCGGUCUGAAAAGACAAAUUUAAGGUUUAUUACUAAUCGGGGGGUAGAAAGCAUAUGUAUGUCGAGCUUGAAGAGAAUGCAUGCAUGAACCAGGAAUGAGAAAAUGACUGCAGGUGGGCAGCGAGUCGUGAGAGCACGUGAUACGGGACUUUGAGAUGAUGGGGAGGGACUUGGUAAUAGGUAGUUGUAGGUUGACUUCAGC